AUGGCCUCCAACCCCUCCUCCAUUUUCCCCUCUUUCCAUCGCAAGCCCCGCCAAACCGAUGCCGCCGUGAAAGAGAGCCGCGAAGCGGCAAUUCGAGAAGCAAAACAACGUGUGCGAGAGGUUGUCCGCAACGACUGGUCCUUCGACCCGCCCUCGUCGCUUUUCUCGUCGUCUCCGCCGCCCGUCGCUGCGACGACGUCGUCAUCCGCUCCUUCGGCUCCGGAGCUGCAGUCCGAAGUCCUCGAAUGGCGUCAACGUGAAUACGCGACUUCGGAGUCGGACCCAGAAGAAGAAGAAGCCGGAAGUGCUGCCGCAGGGAAAGGAGGUGAUCACGAUCCCUACCGGUUUGAGAACCCGGAUGCCGUCAGAGCCAGCGUCGUGGAGCGCAGGCGCAGAUGGCGCAGAGCGCUGGAGGAGGAAAUGCGCUGGAACCCUGGACUACGGUUCUGGAUGGAGCGGCGGGAUGCGUGGACCGGGGCGAAGAAGCGACGGGUGAUACGGGAGUCGUUGAAAGAACUGCAGGAGCAGCAACGACAGCAGUCUGGUGAUGCCGCUGCACAGUCCAAGGAUAUUCCGUCAGGGACACCUUCCGCGCAAGGGCAUGACAGUAGCUUGGCCAGCAGCGACGCGACUGACAAAGGGCCAGAGAGGGAGGAGACGUCCCGUGGAUCGACGCCAUCAGCGCCGUCUCCGAACGAGAAGAUGGGGGCAUUAUCACUAUCGAAAGAUAGUAGUGGUUACGAGGAAGGCGAUAAUCGAUUGACUACAGAAGAGACAGAUUACGACUCGGAGGAGUCUCUGAUCCCGGUGGUGGAACCACUCCUUCCCAAGUCCAAUCCGAUCCGAUCAUCCAUCACACCAGCUCUUUAUGCGUCUAUCUACAGCAAAGUGGUUGUACAAGGGCUGACACCGACGAUUCCAAUAAACCUGGCGGACAUGACCAAGGCGCUCGUGGAGGGGUGGAAGGCAGAUGGACAGUGGCCCCCCAAGCCGACAGUCCCCCUUCCUGGGUCCGAGAUCCCAACGCGAAGAAAGCAGGCCGACAAUAACAACCAUACCAUUGAGAGUGCUGCUCCGGGCAACAAAGCAAGAAAGGACAGCCACAGCCAUGGAUCAGGCGUCACCCACGCCGUGAAGAAAGUGCUGGGGCUGGGGCAUCAUUCGUUUCAUCUGCGCCGGUCCAGCCGUGGUGGAAGCCAGGCCGAGUCUGAGGCUUCUGGUGCUCGAGCGUCUGGAGAAAUGUCCCUCACGGAAGUACCAGUUGUGGAGGAAGACGGUGGUCAACCCUUACGCUGA